GUUGAAAUGGAAUUGAAUGAAGGUAGAUUCAUCGUGAAGAUGAGACGUCACAAAAAGUACCGCUCUCGUUCCCAGGAUGCUCUCGCCAAGACGUUCCCUCGCCUCGUUCUCAGCUGGCUCGUGACGGUCCUGCCAUCCCCGACUGGAACGAGAUGUUUACAUGCUUCUAUAUUUGUCCAUCCUUGAGAGGAUGUCACUCGCGCCUGUAAUGUUACUGUUACUGAUUGACGGAUGAUGACAAUAGUUUUCCAAAUCGUGCAGUCUGCGCAUGUGUGAUUUACCACCAUUAAUUGGUGGAUAGUUAAGAUCAGUUAACUUGACAAGUCAUUCUUCCCUACAGAAAUAUUGCACUUCGAUACCCUGGAGUCACAAUACGAAAUUUGUCCACGCACAUUCAUCUUCAUCUAAGGUGAAGUACAAGGCUGCAACAAAAAUAAACGGCCUAUUGCUCUCAAACAACCGUUUAGUUCCAAACAUCAGCAGGCGUAAAUAAGUUGAAAAGCCUGACCAGCCUGAGCCUAGCUGUUGUUGUUGUUGUUGUUGUCGGAGCAGGAUGAGAAACUGUACAUGUCGAACACAGAUAUGCGGGGUUAUCUCCGGUCGCCUUCUGUAGGACCAGCUGAUGUUUACAGUAUCGUUUUUCAGGGUUGGAGGGGACAUGUGUUCCUCAGCAAACUAUCCCCGCCAUUACCGGACAGGUCUUUCAAAUCCCCUUCCUUGAUCAUGAAACACAUCAUAGCAGGUAAUGUGAUGCAAAUUGACACAAAUCGAACCUGGUAGCGUUUUUACUUUUCUGUUUGGCAUUGACGUUCAUGCCAUAAGUUGGUAGGUACACACUGCCGACCUUCCUGUGGACCUUGGGGUAAUGAGCCCAGACAGGACUAAUGUUUUUUCGUCUCCGGGCCAUCCCAGCAGCACUGACGGCGCUGCCAAACGUAUCAAAUGUACCGGCGUGUGGCAGGGUUUACAACUGAAGUUUCCCCGAGAGGAGUCCGCCCACUUUGGCAUUUUUCUCUCGCCUCGGCUCGGCACGUAGGCCAUAUUGACCUGACAAACUUCCCAGUCAUACAGACAGGGCCGGCUGGAUUAGAUUCUGGGGCAGAGGUCGAUCCGCCCUUUUUGUGAAAUCCCAGAGAGGUCUAUGAGGCGAGGAGGAACAUCAGUGAACUCUAGAGUGCGGCCAAGACUCUAUCACCUGUGCUGAAGACGCCUAUUGGCUACCCUUCCUCCAGACCCAGGACCCCUUGGGUCACGUGUUACUGUCGGCGGUCCAUAGCCGGUGGGGGAGUCAGCAAGAGACGGACGUUCCCUCAGUCUCUAGCGAGCCCCCUAGGUGAACCUUGGUGAUCCAGAGUGCCAGAGAACCAGCGCAGCCAACAAAAUACCGCUAAAGUUACACAAGCCGCAGCGAUUGUAGGUCACUCAGCAAUCCAGCACCGCUCCAGCUCCAGGCUUUUCUCAAGCAAGUGUGAAACUUCCUCCUCCCGUCAAGAUGCCAUCUCAGUGCAUGAAAGUAUUCCAGUUCACCGGCGUCACCUCGUUCGUUGUGUUCUGUAUGUUAUACGGUGUGUACCAGUACCAGUACUUCUACAACGGGAACUACUACUAUCCGUACAACUCUUACCAAAGCUCGUCCUCCUCGUCGUCGUCGUCCUACGCGCAGCAGUACGCGCAGUACCUCGCCCAAAACUUCGGCUCCCACUCGCAGUACGCCUCCCAGUACGGGUCCUCGUCCUACGGCUCCAGCCGCGUGCAGCCCGGCUCCCAGCCCCAGUACGCCUACCAGCAGUACAGCACAGGCGGCCGACAAGCAGGACAGCGCACCUACAGCCGCAGGUCUCCGGCCUAUGGAUACGCCAGGAGAACCACGGGCAGGCGCUCCAAUUCUCUCAGGAGAUCCGGCCUGCCCGACCUUGUCCCUGAUGCCGCCCUGGUGCAGACCACGGCCUACACGGAGAACGUGCCUCUGUACCGACUGCAGUGCGCCAAGUCGGAGAAGUGCCUGUCCAGCUCUGCCUACAGCCGGACCGCCACCCAGGACAGCGUGCGGCGGCUGCUGCGCUUCUCACAGCGGACAACCAACGAAGGAGACGCGGACUUCCUGCCCGACUCGGACCCGUCUCAGUGGGAAUGGCACUCCUGUCACCAGCAUCACCACAGCAUGGAGACGUUCGCAAAGUAUGACCUGCUGGAUGCGUCCAGUGGACAGCAGGUGGCGGAGGGACACAAGGCCAGCUUCUGCCUGGAGGACACCGGGUGCCGCCGCACCUACCGCAAAUAUAACUGCGCGCUAGGACGCCAGGGAAUUGCUGUCAACUGCUGGGACAGUUACGAACACAACAUUGACUGCCAGUGGAUUGACAUUACGGAUGUCAAGGCCGGCAACUACGUUCUGGAGAUCUCAAUAAACCCAGAACGCCGCGUCAGGGAGAGUAGCUUUGACAACAACAGGAUCACAUGUGACGUCCGGCUAUAUAGGAACAGCGUACAGGUCUACAACUGCAUCAGGACACACCUGAGAAGCAGCCGUGGGUGAACUGAAGUUCGUGCUCAUUCAGAAGUCAUCACUCGGCAUUCAGACGCUCAAUGGCUAUUCAUCGUCAGAGCAUCUAUUCUUGCGAAAGUCAUCAUCAAAAUAGUUACAACUCGCCUCGACACAACUUGGUGCUAUGUGUGAACCGUUAUCUUGUUUGUAGUAAAAGGACAACACGCUCCAUUCAAUCAUGUAGAAUGUUUUGCUAUGCUGAUUCCAACCAAUAACUAAGUUUUAGCUAACAUAAGCAUCAACAUUACUAUGUAAUAACCUCUGCAAGUGUUAACGUUACAUGUUACAAAUACAAUGUUCUACAAACUAGCGAGAAGCGAAAAAUCAACACUUUCAUGGAAUCCCAUGGAGAUAUUUGCCAUAAAGAAAAAAAAAACACAGAUAUGAUGCUGACCGAUUUCUACUGGAUGUAUAUUUACGGUGAAGUUUUCUCAGGCUGUCAAUUUAGAGCUUUUUGGAUGUAUUUGCUGCACGAAACGUGUAUCUAUAUAUAUAUAGUUGGACAAGUUGUUAUAGGUAACUGUUUUGCCUGUCUCCAUGACUGUGUGCUGUCUAAUUCUAUAUAUAAUCAAUACCUUGUACUAUGUUGGCUGUACUUUAUUCAGUGCUCUGUUUUGUAUACCUGGUUAUCAGUGUAAUGCAUGAUUUCAGGAAUUAAUAUUAUGGUACUGCUAACCUCCAUUGUAGUAAUGAUCCUUUUUUAAAAUAAUAAAUCAACCUAAGUGAGAGAUACACCCAACCAGCGGUAGAUGUGAUACUGUUUUGUUGUGUGAAAACCCGUUUCAAUAAAGUUCAUACCAAAGACAGAGA